AUGUCGAUCCCGGCGGAUCGCUCGCUUCCGCCGGUGGAAGGCCGCGCUUCAACCCGUGCCCGAUACUGCUCUGCCUCCUCCAGCGGGACGGCGGCCGAGAGGCUCACCGACGACCUCCUCCUGGAGAUCCUCCCGCGCGUGCCCGCCAAAUCCCUCUGCCGCUUCAGGUGCGUCUCCAAGCACUGGCUCGGCCUCAUCGACCACCCCGACCACCGCAAGAAGCUCCCGCAAACACUCGCCGGGUUCUUGUACAACAAAGGUUUCACCAGCAGCAGCCCGGAGUCCUUUUUGGUGCCGCCUAUCCUCCUCACCAGUGUCUCGGGGAGCCCCUGCCCUCUGACCUCAACCUCUGUCGCGUUCCUGCCCAAGUACAGGAGUGUUGAUGUCUGCAAUGGCCUCUUCCUCUGCCGCUGGUAUGGCGUCUCCACCAAGAUUGGAGAAUUCAGCUACAUUGUUUGCAAUCCAGCCACAGAGAAGUGGGUCACGUUGCCGAGCUCCGGCCAGGCCACUGACAAUGUGCUCAUCGCACGUUUGGGCUUCGAUCCGACCCAGUCGUCGCAUUUUCAUGUGUUUGAGUUGUUGGAGGAUCAUGAUAGCUGGGGCCCUUCCCCUGGCCUGGCCGGAGUGGCAGUGUAUUCGUCUGAAACGGGAGGAUGGAUCCAUAAGAAAGAGAGAUGGAACCAACAUAUCAUGCUCCCUUAUUAUGAUCGUACCUCAGCGAGACACUCGUCUUUCUUCACAACCGGUUUUAUUCAGUGGUCACAGGGCUGCUUGCACUAUGCCAAUUUCUAUGGAGAUGAAUAUAAUGCCGUAGUUCGGCUAAAAGUAUAUGUUCUCGAGAACGAUGAAAGCAAAGAAUGGAUACUGAAGCACACCGUUGAAACUUCAUAUGUAUUUGGAGGGGUAGAUGUUACCCUUGGUUGGGAUUUUAGGUGGGUUGGGAUUCAUCCGCAGUGUAACUCGAUCUUCUUCACUGGAGGUUGGGAUACCUCAUUCAUGCGCUAUAAUAUGGAUAAUCAAAAAGUGAAAGUGAUCCGCAAUCUCAAUGAUGGCAAUCCACCAUAUCUGCCGUAUGUGCCGUUGUACGCAGAUUUACAAUCAUUGCUCAUGUGACAUCAAUAUGAGACAGCCCCUGCCUCUAUAGUAGUAAAUUGUUCGUGCUAUGGAGCAACAGGCUUGGUAUGUAUGCUAGAAUUCUGGCUCUCCCUUUUUUCUAGCUGAUGUAUACAUCCUUCUAAGUUUUGAGCUAUGGUGGUUCAUCAUGGAGGCUGCUUGGCUGAUUUCUAUGAGAUUAGGUAUGCAAAUUAUAACUGAACUUUAUGUUGUGUGUACCAGUGGUUCUAGACCCUGCUACCUCCAUGUGUUCGGUUAGCUCUGUGUAGUGUUUGAACAAAGGUUCUAUGAUCAUUUUGUAAAAGAAGUGAUCAGUGCUUAUCAUGCAUAUUAAGCCUUGUAUGUUUUAUUUGCAUUUGGGGGAAGUAUAGGCAUCUUAUCAGCAGGGUUUAGUGAAAUGUUCACUUAUCUUGGAACAAUAUAAUGUAUGAGAAUCAAAUGUG